GAGGGAUGGGGAAAGGGAGGAGGAGGAGGACAGGGGAGGGGGAGGGCUUCGUUUCCCCCCUUUUCUUUCUUCCAAAGAUGUUUGAAAUCGCAGUCAUUUACGCUCGACAAUUUUUACAAUAGCCUUGAGCCAUAAUUUUGCCCGGCUCCUCAGCAUCCAGCCCCCUCGCAUGGUCUCUCUCCACUGGCCAUGCACGACCGUUUCUCUCCCCAACCGUGGAUUUCCUAUUACUCUCGUUACGACUCACUGAGCCCCAGGCCCAAGGAUAAUGAUGUGUUGUUUCUUGGUAGCAUAAUUUGUCACACGUACAUUUUUUUCCCUUCUUCUUCUUCUCCUUCUUCUCUUGCAGGAAGCUCUGCUCACUCUCCCCAGCUCCUCUCCUGUUCUCCCUCUCUCCUUCUCCCACUACUCCUAUCAUUUCUCCUGCUCUCUUCUAAUUCACCAUGAUCAAAUGAUGCCCCACAACAUACACUGUGCACACUGACUGCCUGGAGUUAGGGGACAGCAAGCUGCUGGGGGAUUUGGAGCUGAAGGAGCUGCAGAUCUUGCCCAGGGAAGAAGGAGUGUGAUCCUUUUUUUUUGGGGUGGGAAGAUAAAGUCAUCGUAUACUUUGGCAUCCGGUGAAGGCAGGUUCCUGCAGAAACUUGCACUAAAGUCCCGCCAUGUCCAGAUCGGGGGACAGGACUUCCACCUUUGACCCGAGCCAUAGUGAUAAUCUGCUCCAUGGCCUCAACCUCCUUUGGAGAAAGCAACUCUUCUGUGAUGUGACCUUGACUGCCCAAGGACAGCAGUUCCACUGCCACAAAGCUGUACUUGCCUCCUGUUCUCAGUAUUUUAGAUCCCUGUUCUCUAGUCACCCUGGACAGGAUGGUCUGUCAUCUGUUCCAAAGGACCAGCAGCAACAGUCAGAUGAGCCUGGAACACCCUCCUCUUCUCCAGAUGACAAGAUGCUUGUCAGUCCUAGGGCCAUCAACAAUUUGGUUUUGCAAGGAUGUUCCUCUAUAGGGCUUAGAUUGGUCUUGGAGUAUCUUUACACCGCCAAUGUUACUUUGUCUCUAGAUACUGUUGAGGAGGUAUUAUCAGUCAGCAAGAUCUUGCACAUUCCUCAGGUGACAAAGCUUUGUGUACAGUUUCUCAAUGAUCAAAUUUCAGUGCAGAACUAUAAGCAGGUUUGCAAAAUUGCAGCUCUUCAUGGCCUAGAGGAGACGAAGAAGCUGGCCAAUAAGUAUUUGGUGGAGGAUGUGUUGCUGCUCAACUUUGAAGAAAUGCGUUCCAUGCUGGACUCCUUACCACCACCAGUAGAGUCUGAGCUUGCUUUAUUUCAGAUGUCUGUACUUUGGCUGGAACAUGACAGGGAAACACGCAUGCAGUAUGCCCCGGACCUGAUGAAGAGACUUCGCUUUGCUCUCAUCCCAGCUCCAGAGUUGGUAGAGCGGGUACAGUCAGUAGACUUCAUGAGGACGGACCCAGUCUGCCAAAAGUUACUACUGGACGCUAUGAAUUAUCACCUAAUGCCUUUCAGACAGCACUGCAGGCAGAGCAUGGCAAGCAGAAUUCGAUCCAACAAGAGGAUGUUGUUAUUAGUUGGAGGACUGCCUCCUGGACCAGACAGACUGCCCAGCAACCUGGUUCAAUACUAUGACGAUGAAAAGAAGACCUGGAAGAUACUUACAAUCAUGCCGUACAACAGCGCUCACCAUUGUGUGGUUGAGGUGGAAAACUUUUUGUUUGUGUUAGGAGGAGAAGACCAAUGGAAUCCAAAUGGAAAACAUAGUACAAAUUUUGUCAGUCGCUAUGACCCACGGUUCAACAGUUGGAUACAGCUUCCACCUAUGCAGGAAAGGAGGGCCAGUUUCUACGCCUGCCGAUUGGAUAAACAUCUAUACGUUAUUGGAGGAAGAAAUGAAACAGGUUACCUGUCUAGUGUUGAAUGCUACAACCUUGAGACAAAUGAGUGGUGCUAUGUGUCUGCUUUACCACAGCCGUUGGCUGCUCAUGCUGGAGCCGUUCAUAAUGGGAAGAUAUACAUAUCAGGUGGUGUUCAUAAUGGUGAAUAUGUCCAAUGGCUAUAUUGCUAUGAUCCAGUCAUGGAUGUUUGGGCUCGGAAACAAGAUAUGAACACAAAGAGAGCAAUUCAUGCCUUAGCUGUAAUGAAUGAUCGUCUAUAUGCAAUUGGUGGAAACCAUUUAAAAGGUUUCUCACACCUGGAUGUCAUGCUGGUGGAGUGUUAUGAUCCAAAAGCAGACCAGUGGAAUAUUUUACAGACCCCAAUUCUAGAGGGACGCAGCGGCCCAGGAUGUGCAGUCCUAGACGAUCGGUUUUAUCUUGUUGGGGGCUAUAGCUGGAGUAUGGGGGCCUACAAGUCAUCAACCAUUUGCUAUAGUCCUGAGAAAGCCAGCUGGACAGAACUGGAGGGAGAUGUUGCUGAGCCUCUUGCAGGUCCGGCAUGUGCCACUGUCAUACUGCCAGCCUGCGUCCCAUACAACAAAUAGAGGGUACAAUGUAAAGGACACUGUAACAUUUCAGAGACUCAUUUUCUUUGAGAAUCAUUUUCUUCCUUUUAAAGGGUUGUACAAAUAUGAGAGAGAUGGACAAGGUCUUAAAGAUUUAAAAGCACUAGGACUUGCUAUAAAGCUGGCAAAGCUACUUCAUCAACAAGUCAUGUAGAAAACAGGGAGAUCUAUAAUACGGCAGUGGGCACAGAUAUAUCACUGCACCAAUGUAAUAAAUCCUACAAAUGACACCCGCCACAUAGUGACCCUGUUAGGGAAUUGAAUACCCAUUGUGUAUGUCCCACUAAAACCACAAGAUGUGUUAAUAUUCUGAUGGUACAAACUAUAUGUUCUUAAUAACAACUUGUAAACAAGAAUAAGUGUUCAAACAAAAUGAGAUUAUCUUCCGAAACAGGGUCCUAUGAAUCCUAAGAAGUAUGUCAUUUUCAAGUACUUGUAAGUCAACGUCCCCGUUAUUUUAUGCAUGUAGAGGCAACAAAGAGUAGAUAUCCCUACAAAUUGGGCAAAUUCAGAUUAGAGGUCAUAGCAUCAUCACGGGGGAGUCUUGGAUGUGCAUACUUGUUAUAUAAUGUGAAUACAAUGAGAAUAUCAAUGUAUAUAAUGCAAAAGGAUACAUUCACCACCCUUACAUGCUUUGUACCCAGCUUUUCACUUUUACUACACAAAUCACAGAUAUGACACAAAACAAUGUUUGUUUAAUUACUGAAUAUUCUGGAUUCAUGAAACAUUAAAAUCAAUGGGGGAGAUUUCUAUGUAUAGGAAAAGUGGUGCAGUUGUCUAUAACAACCAAUCAGAUUGCUUCUUUGCAGUUGCUGUUUCAGAGACCUCUUUAAAAGUAAAAAAAGCGAUCUGAUUGGUUGCUAUGGGCAACUGCACUACUCUUUAUUUACACUGCUUUUGAUAAAUCUCCCCAACUGUGAUUCCAAAUAAAGUAGAAGAAUAAAACUAGAAUCGUCCUAUGUUGACGAGGGGGAAAAAAUUUGAAAACACCUUGUAAUUUGUAUUUCUGAAACAAUUACCAGAACAAUUCUAGAAGCAAAUUACGCAUAUAAGACCAUAUACUGGGGCAAUUUUCACCAAAAACAGUCUUAUAUGGCUUGCCCCAUAUUAUUAACCACCAGCCAUAAUUUUCAGUAAAUUGCUACAUUUUGGUCCUGUAUCAAGCCAUAUUUGUAGGAAGGAAGGUCAGAGUUCUGGAUUCGGCUGGUCAGAAUGUUCAGCUAUAAGGGUACGUUCUCACGGGUGGAUUUUCGCAGCGUAUUUAGCUGCGGAUCCUCUGGUGAAGGCCCCGCUGUAUGCUGGCUUUAUAUGUGCCUGCUGGUAGCGGCAAUACGCCGCUACUAGCAGACACAAUGCAGCAUUGUGUGCGGCGUACUCGCACAUCGCGGCCGCUCUCCCUGCUCUGAGCUAGGCAGAGAGCUCCCGCGAUGUGCGAGUGUACUGCGACUCCCACAUCACAGUGUGUCUGCUGGUAGUGGCGUAUAUUGCCGCUACCAGCAGGCACAUGUAAAGCCAGCAUAGAGUGGGCCUUCACCAGUGGAUUUGCAGCGUAAAAUACGCUGUAAAUCUGCGCGUGUGAACGUACCCUUAAACAUUGUUUUGUGUCCUAUCUGUGAGUUUAUUUGUUAAGAAGUAAGACAGCAGGGUGAACAUCCUCUAAGUGUGUGGAUUCCAUCAUUUUAAAGGAUUUGUUUGUCUAACAAGAACUGCAGUCAGAAUGUUUUAGAACAUAAAAUUAUUUUACAUGGCUUUUUUAUUUUUAGGGCCCUUUAUAUACACAGCAUAGUGUCAUCAGUAAUUCCACAAUUAUGGAUUUAUUCAUUAAAUCCUUGCAGCCUUUUUUAUCAUCUGAUCAGUGGGGGUGCUGGAAGUCAGAACUCUGCCAAUGUAGUAAUGAUGGCCUAUCCAUUGGAUCGGCCUUAAAUUUUAAAAGUCUGGAUAUUUGGCAGGAGCAUUGCAAAAGUGCCACUCUCAUCCACUAUAUUCAGCUUUUUGCUGGGUGCCACACAGUCAGACAUUGACUAUAAUAAACCAAAAGCAAGUGGAGCUGGUAGGAGUCACAAUCAGAUCCCCACCAAUUCCACUUUAAUGGCAUAUGCUAACAAUGUCUUUGCUUAGACUACCCCUUUAAUUAUACCAGCCUACCCAUUACAUCAAUGUAACAAGGUGGAGGUUAUGGUGCACGUCUCAGCCCUUUAAAGGGGUACUCCACUGGGAAUUUUUUUUUUUUUUUAAAUCAACUGGUGCCAGAAAGUUAAAAAGAUUUGUAAAUUUCUUCUAUUACUGAAUUUCCUUUCUGUCACGACUACAGUGCUCUCUGCUGACAUCUCUGUCCAUUUUAGGAUCUGUCCAGAGUAGGAGCAAAUCCCCAUUGCAAACCUAUCCUCUUCUGUACAGUUCCUAAUAUGGAUAGAGGUGUCCGCAGAGAGCACUGUGGUCCGACAGAAAGGAAAUUCAAAAAGAAAAGAACUUCCUUUGGAGAAUUUAGCUGCUGAAAAGUACUGGAAGGAUUAAGAUUUUUAAAUAGAAGUAAUUUACAAAUCAGAUUAACUUUCUGUCAUCAGUUGAUUUAAAAAAAAUUUUUCCAGGGGAGUAACCCUUUAAGCUUAGAAAUAGGUUUACACUUUAGAAAACACCAUAAAGGGGCAAUGCUGACAGAGGAGACUCUCAUCCCCAGAAGACACGUGUCAAAGGCAUUAGCAACAAAAAUUUGCAUAAAAAGUGAAUUGUUGUUUACCUGUUAUAUCAGUGAUUUGGUCACUAGCUUCAUGUUUUUAAGGACAAAACAUUACCAUACGGGAAAGUUCCAUUAGUCCUGAUGGACUGUUUUGGCAUCAGUCUGUGAAUAGAUCAAUGAGAUAAUGAUGGUGCACUACAUUAUAGAUGGUGUUUAUGGCCAAACAUGAUUGACUCUUAUUCUAUCGUAAACUUCAUUUUCUGUAAAUAAUUGUGGUUGCAUUAUACAGUAUUUUGGACUGGUUUAUGCAUAAAAUGAAGGGGAACAAAGAAUAUUAAAGGGGUUAUCCAGGAAGAAAAAA